UUUGUUUACUAACGAACUAAAUGAACUUAAUCUGGUAAUGAAAACGAAGGUAUGGUACCAUAUCACGCAAAACGUUUAACGAGACCAUGAAACCGCGUUAAUUGCAUAUGAAUGUGCGUGUACUGAAUACAACGAACAUUUGCAAAAAAUCCAUUUUACAGAAGAAUGACUGAGCAGAUUAGUCGACAGCAAUAUUUGCAAAACCAGUAUAACGCAUACAAAUCGCAAUUGCAGCAGAUCGCACAAAAGAUUGUCGAUUUGGAAACAGACGCUGAUGAACAUAAACUGGUGAAUGAGACCUUGAAGCCUUUGGAUAAAGAUCGCCGUUGCUUUCGUAUGAUUCAUGGUGUUUUGGUUGAACAGACUGUAGAAACCGUUAUGCCUGCAUUACAGACGAACCAAGAAGGAAUUCGAAAAGCAAUGGAUGCCUUGCUCGAACAAUAUAAGGAACUUGAAACACAAUUCACAAAGUUUCAAAAAGACAACAAAAUUCAGGUUGUUCGACAAUAGAAGAACUCAUACUUGCUGCAUGAGAUCUCUUUUCGGGCUUGUCGGUUAAACUCAGAGUUUUGUAUAUAGAUGUGAUAGAUUAAGGAGAACAUGACAUGAUUAUGCAAGGUUUUUUGUUACAGUAAAAAAA